AUGGAGGAUAUCAAUAAAUUCAAGCCUUAUAUUGCACAUCUGGAUCGUCAGCUGCAAGAUUUAAGACCUCUGCUAGAGAGUCUCAAUGCCAAGAGUCUCGAUGAACAGUUAUUACUGUUGAGCGAUGAAAGACAGAGGUUAGAUUUGACCAAUACAUACGCCUAUUUGCUCAGUUCAUUGAUGUUUGCCCAUAUGAAAGUGCUGAACUGCAGAGAUAUGUCGUCAGUGAUGGGAGAGUUGGCUAGAGUUAAGAGGUACAUGGAUAGUGCUAAGCAAUUGGAUUCCAGUGAAGAACAAAAGGAACAGAAUAAACAUGAGGAACAAAAUCGUGCCAAGCAAGUGAUCAACAGAGCAUUAACACCAUCGAUAUCACAGGCUAACUUCCAAGGCAAGCAUACAAAAUUUGAAUCAAAGGACGAUACGAACUCCUCUGAUGAUGAUGGUAGCAAGGAUAAAGAGGAUAAAGUAGAUGUCAGUACUAAGAAGAAGAAUUUGCCAGGCAGGACCAAGGGUAAAUCUGAAACUGUUCCAUCUAAGUCAAAGAAUCAACAUGGCAAAUCUACCAAGGGCUCAGGUGCUUCAUCCACAAAGACAGGUAAAUCGAAUAGAGUCUCUAAGCCUUCCACAUCUUCAAAACCAAAGGGCAAAGUCAACAAGUCGAAUCGAUAG